AGCCCACGUGUCUGGACUGGGGGGAGUCCAGCGGGGGGUCUGUCUCGGUUCUGGAAGGCGAGGCCGGCUGGCUGUCCUGUCCUCUGUUCUCCCACCCGUCCGUCUACAACUACUCGUCCACUCAGAGCGCCGGACACAACCUGUUCUGGUACCGCCUCCUGGAGGGCCAGGACCUGGAGCAGCCCAUCACCUACAGCUCCCGCCUCAGCAGAGACCGAGAGAGGCUGUGGCUGCAGCCCGCCACCGCCGAAGACACGGGCCAGUACAUCUGUACGCUGCGGAACAAGUCUUCCUGCAGCAGGAUUUCCAUGCGUCUGAAGGUCCUGAGGCGGGACGAGAAGGUCCCCUACUCAGACUGUCAGCCGCCAGUUGCCGUGGCAACAAUUCAGCAUUUAGUCCCCCUGCAGGAGGGGAAGAGGCUGGACUGUCCAGACAUUCAGGAAGCUGCCAGCAUGUCCAACAGCACCCCCACUGUCACCUGGUACUACUUAGAACCACAAACCUCGUGUCCCAAGAACCCUUUCUGGCACUGGACAAUUGAACAGCGAGGACCCAGUUUGCAGAUCCACGUUAUGGAWGACCUAUUUCAGGGUCUUUAUUUCUGUGUGGUCCAGUACCAGCGAAGAGGCCAGACCCUGAACUUCACCCGGAGCAUCAACAUCUCAGCCAUCUAUCCAACAACUGUGUCCAAAGUCCCCAGCAUCCUCCAACCGACUCAAGACAAYGUCUUCACUGUCAAAACAAACAUGUCGGAGUCCAUCCUGCAGGCCAUGAAGAAGAGUCGGCGCCUCGUCUUUGUCCUCAGUCCUGACCUCGUGGCAGAGAAGAGCCUGGGCCUGCUGGAGUGUCGUCUGGGUCUGUACCUGCAGCGCAGCCUCGGGGCCUGCGUCGUGGCGCUGGUUUUCCGCUCCGUCAGUAAAGUGGGCGGAGCCGAGGCGACUCAGCUCCGUCAGGGCGCCGCCUGCGUGGUGACGUGGAGGAGAGGCCGCUCAGAACCGCGGCGCUCUCGCUUCUGGCUGAGGCUGCGGCUGGCCCUGCCGGUGCGGCCGCUGGCUCUGGGCCCGAGGCUGAUCGACAGCACCUCGUCUCACUCAGACCUCGCAGCCCUGGCCCUGCAGAGGGUCCAACGCAUCCAGAACCAGAACCAGAACCGCCGCGGAGCCAACAAUAAGAGCAGGAUGAACAGAAGGACUCCAACCAAUCAGAGCAGAGGGAGGGGCAGUGUGAGCAGGGAGGAGGGGCCUCAGCACAGCAGGACCUGCUCAGGGUGCACUGGGUUUACAGGUCAGGGGAAAGACAGGCGGGUGGAGCUUACAGUGGAGACAGGAGUCCAGCAGGUGUUACGUGACUCCGCCCAGAUUCCAAACCCCGCCCACAACACGGUUGGCCCCGCCCAUUCAUCUGACUCCAUCCUGUCCAACAAUCAGCAGGGCGGAGCAAAAAGCCUCAUCCUGCAGCACCAGCUGACUGGAAGCAGGAUUUCAGAGGAAGUGAUGUCAGCAGAGGAGGGGGAGGGGCUUGUGGGUCAAAUGUCAGAGACUCCGCCUCCAAUAAAAAACAACUGAACUGGUUUCAGUUUUCAUAAAACCUGAAGAGAUGCUGCAUUUAGGUCCUUCAGGAAACUCGAGCUUCCUGCUUCAGGUUUGACUUUUACUACUCAGAACCAGAACCAGAACCUGGACCUGGACCUGCUGCGGGUUCUGAACCUCUCAUCAGUUUAUAAAUAAUGAAACAGUAAAAAAAUUCAAUAAAUAAAAUAUUUCAGUUUGUCUGUUUGAAUAAA